AUGAAUAACAUGGCUUCAACGUCUCCCUCUCUAUCAUUUGCAAUGCAUAAGUGCGAACCUGAGCUAGUGGCUCCUGCAUUACCUACUCCUGACGAAACUAAACUACUAUCUGAUAUAGAUGAUCAAAGGUACCUGCGUUGCCAUUAUACAAUCAUAAAAAUCUAUCGAAAUGAAUCAUCAAUGGCGAAUAAAGACCCAGUGAGAGUGAUUCGCCAGGCACUGGCACAAGCACUUGUCUUCUAUUACCCAUUUGCGGGUAGGCUUAGGGAGAGUCGUGGCAGCAAAUUGAUGGUCGAUUGUACUGGAGAGGGUGUCAUGUUCGUUGAGGCUGACGCUGACGUAACACUCGAUCAAUUUGGUGACAAUCUCCAACCUCCAUUCAUGUAUUCUCAAGCGUUCCAAUGUGAUGUUCUAGACUCUGAAGAAUUUAUAAAAUUGCCCCUUCUACUCAUCCAGGUGACACGACUCAAGUGUGGUGGUUUCAUCGUGUCGACUGGUUGGAACCACGUGAUGGCAGACGGAAGUGGUUUGUCACAGUUCAUGCACGCCUGGGGUGAAAUAGCAAGAGGUAUAAAAACUCCUUCCAUUGCACCUCUCUGGCGUAGGGAGCUCCUAAUGGCAAGAGAUCCACCUCGCAUUACGUGCAACCAUCGUGAAUACGUUCCAAUCCAAGACACCCUUUCUUCUUCCAACCACAACUUGGUUCAUCGAUCAUUUUUCUUUGCACCUGCUCACAUGGCUGCCCUUCGCCGCUUGCUUCCCCAUCACCUUCGACACAGCACCGCAUUCGAUCUCAUCACAGCAUGCUUAUGGCGUUGCCGCACAAAAGCACUGCAAACAGACGCAGAUGAGGAUGUUCGCAUGAUGUGCAUCGUGAACGCGCGUAAUAAGUUCAAUCCUCCGUUACCCGUUGGUUACUACGGCAACGCUUUUGCAUACCCCGCUGCAGUCACCACCGCAGGGAAGCUUUGCACAAAUCCAUUUGCUUAUGCGGUGGAGUUGAUACAUAAUGUGAAGGGUGAGGUGACAGAGGAGUAUAUGCAUUCCGUGGCGGAUCUAAUGGUGCUCAAGGGACGGUGCAUGCCCACAACUGUAAGAUCUUCUCUGGUGUCAGACCUAACACGUGCGAGGUUUAGAGACGUUGAUUUUGGAUGGGGCAAGGCUGUGUCUGCUGGACCAGCGAAAGGUAGCACUGGACCCUUUUACGGAGGAACAAACAUUACCUCGUAUAGGAAUGCAAAAGGAGAAGAUGGUUUGGUAUUACCAGUUUGGUUGCCCGCAAAAGCUAUGCCCAGGUUUGUGAAAGAGAUGGAUGAUUUGCUUAAUGGAAACCAAAACCAACCUACAAGAACUGUUCCUGGUUCUAUCAGGUCUACCUUCUAG